AUGAUUGAAGGCACAGUGAUGCUUGCUUGCUUCAUCCUGAUAUUAUCAAGCGUCGAUGCAUUCGCUGAUGAAGGGAAUAUGAGUGAGCUUCAGAGGUUGUUGAGGACGAAACACCUUAAAACGGUUGCAAGGUCCCCAAAACCCAUGGUGAAACAGGAACUACCGUUUGUCGCAAAAUCGAGAAAAAAUAGAAUAGUUUGGAGUGACUGGGAAGAAAUGGAGAAACCAGAAAAUUGGCACAAGCACAUGAUUAAAGACUGGGGUCCUCGCAAUCAAGAUGACCCUAUAGCAAAUCUCCUUCAGACGAUGCUUACGUUUGACAAAAAUGGAAGACCUCACAUGCCAAAGGGCAUUGAUCCUUCGAAAAAGGCAUCUGCAAAGGCUGAAAAUGAAGACAAUCACUUUUUUUCAAAGGCUGAUGGAAAAAGAAAUUUUGCCGAGCGCGUGACUCUCUGGGAAUAUGCAUACAUUCCAUACUAUAUAGACCCAACGUGUAAGUACACAUGGAUUUCAACAUCCUGCAAUUCAUAUGUCGGCCGAAUACGGACUGGGUCUCAAACAAUUGGGCUCAAUAAGUGGAAAUGUAUCAAUAAGAAAACUGUAGUUCACGAAAUCAUGCACGCCCUCGGACAAGUUCAUGAGCAGCAACGUAAAGACAGGGACCAACACAUUAUAAUGCACUGGAACAACGUUAUAGGUGGUCGAAACAACAAAAACAUGGAAAUUCUCUCCAUUGGUUCUCAUGACAGAACUCAGUAUGACCCCACUUCUUCCCUUCAAUAUAGUUUAAAGGCAUUCACUAGUAACCAACAGAAAACGAUGUCUUUCCGAGAUUCAACGCUUGAAUCCUUAGUUGGUUCAUCCAGUGGGCUUACUCACCUAGACGUACGAGAAAUCACCCAGGCCUAUAAUUGUGCUUGGCACUGCACAAACCGAGUAUAUUGUCGAAAUGGCGGAUUCGUGGGCGCGGAUUGUACGUGUGUCUGUCCCGACGGUUUGUCUGGAACUGAUUGUCAAGAGGUGGUCGGGGACCCAGAUUGUGGAGGAGUAGUAUCAUUAGAUGCCGUCGACUAUGUUGACCUUAAAUCUCCUAAUUACCCGAAUAGAUACCCAACGGAUAAAGUCUGUACAGUCAUUCUUACGGCGCCGACAGGAAGUAAUAUUGCACUUGAUGUUGUGGACAAUAAAAUGAACCUGAAACAGUCCACGAUAGACAAUUCUUGUAGUCAUUGGUUGGAAGUACGUUACGUUUCGCCUGAAAUAAUGGGUCCAAAAUUCUGUACUCCGUUUAAACGCAUCGUUUCAAAAAGCAACACGCUGAUGAUGCGCUUUGAUAGCAGGUUUUCUAAGGAUGAAUACCCUUAUUCUAACCAAAUGUUUCACUUAAGAGCAAGCACGGGUGGAGCAGGACCAAGUAUUCAAGAGCUGGGGUUUGAUAAAAGCUGCAACUUUGACACUGCUGAAAAUUGUUGGAUGUUGAUGAGAGGAGUACAUAUAAUACGGGAUGCAUUUUCUGCGGGGAUGAAUCCUCCAAACGGGGGGAAAGGGACCCCGGGUUAUGCCUUCAUAAACACUCAGACAAACUUCAUUCUGCAAACACCAUCGGGUACAUUAGACGGCGAGUAUUGCCUCACCCUCAGUUUUUAUAUGAGAGGGUCUUCGGUGUACUUUGGGAUCUACAAGGCGGGACCUGGCUGGCUAUGGAGCACAUCAGACCCUGGAAACGUCUGGAAAUCUUUGACAAUGACAUUCACUUGUGAAUCAAGCUCAUAUAUGGUAAUAUAUGGGCAACUAAGUUCUUCUGGAUUAGUUGCUGUUGACCAAGUUAGGAUCCAGAAUGGACGUUGUCACUAAAUUUUAGAAUAUUAUUCAUGUCUAUUUUAUCAAUUUUUCCAUAUAAGCAGUAAAUUGUAAAAGAUAAUAGUUUAUGUAUCAAUUUGUCAUUAGCAAUAAUACUACUGAGUACAGUAUCCAGUGCUCUUUUUAUAGAAAACUAAAGUUCAAUUUUAAAAUUGUAGCUUUAUAAUCAAACUGUUUCACAUAAACGUUUUUGUCUGUUUCUCUCUCUGUCCUCUAAUCUGUUGUUAGCUUGUCCCUUCAUCUUUGUAUUCUCUAUAAGUAAAUAAAAUGUAUAUGUAAAAGUUAAAAUAU